UUGUCAUUGAACACAGCGUAGAAACCAGUAUACUGAAUCCAUGUGUUGACCUCAUCCGCUGAUGGUCAUCGUGACGUCAAAGCGUAAACAUACUAUAUCAACUCACAUCAACCAUCUACCACAUCCACCACAUCUACCACAUCAUCUCUCCAACAAACUGAGCUACCAAUUCAUCCAUCUAUCAUGUCUACAACUAGAGACCUCCCCACCGACGAAAAUGGGAUCCCAGGUUCCCCCCGUACAUCCAAAAGCCGAGCCCUAGAAGCCGGAGCAUCAAUGGUCCAGGAUUUCACGCCUGUGAAGCAGAUCUGCGCUCAUCUAAAUGCGUUUCAUGUGUAUGCAUCUGACCCGACAAGAUGUGUCGAGGCGAAUCAUUACUGUGCGCAUGUAACGGAGGACAUGCGACAAUGUCUCCUCUACGACUCGCCCAAGCCAAAUGCCAGACUCAUCGGGAUAGAGUAUAUGGUCUCCCCGCGUCUUUUCAAGACUCUACCCCCCGAAGAACGAAAACUCUGGCAUACGCAUGAAUAUGAAGUGAAGAGUGGGAUGUUGAUCAUGCCUGCUCCAGCGGGGAUGCCAAAUUCAGCAUGGGAAGCGGCGGAAACGGCUGAGAUGGAGGAUAUCAUUCCGAUUUAUGGAAAAGUCUAUCACCUCUGGCAGGUUGAUAGAGGGGAUCCGGUUCCCAUGGGUCCGCCGGAGUUGAUGACCAGUUUUAUAUCGGAGGAGAAAGUCCAGAUUGCACAUCCUGAAGGGUUGAAAAGCAUGGUUGCGGAUAGGGACAGGAGAUUUGGGGUUGAUCACGAGGUGAAGGCAGAAAAGAGGAAACAUAUUCCGGCCAUUGAGAAGCAUCCUGACGCCGAUUCCAUAUGGCAGAAUGCGGAUCUCAAAAAUAUCGAAAAGGGGACCUUGUCGCAUUAAGUGCAUCCUGUACGAGCGAAGAAAACAAAGUAAUAGAACGAAUCAUCCAAUAAAUUCAUGUAAUAUUGAUUAUAAGAGUGUCUCCCACCCACACCACACAGCUUCCCAGUCCCAUAGUUAAAUGGGGUCAAAGCUGGAAUGGCAUUCGGGGAUAUCUCGCCACAUUUGUGG